AACUAUUUUAUUAAGAAAAAGAAAGUACAAAUAAAAUAAAAGAAAAGAAGUAAGUACUAAGAUUAAAGAAAGGAGAGGCGAGUUAACCGAGUCUUGAAGUAUCAUCAUAAUCAUCAUCGUGCAUGCAUUUUUAUUUCCCCUACCAAACUCUCUCUCUCUCUUCCCUCUCCUUUCUCUCUCUAUUAUUCCUCCCUAACUUAUAAUAUUACUUUGCAUGCACAUCUUCCCGUUUCCUCUCUCCGGCCACCGGAAACCGCCUCCGCCAUUGACAGCCGCUUGAUUUUUCCAACAUCAAUUAACCUUAUCCAUAGUGCAAACAAUAACAACUUCACAUCUAAUCUAAAACAUGCCGUCUCUGAACAUUAUAAGCAUACACAGCAGAGAAUAUUAUUGAGAGAUUAUCAAUGGAGACGCCGACGACGACGUGCAUGAAUGCGUCGUGUGGAGCUGCUGCGGCUGCUUCAACGUCGGUAAAUACUGAUCGGAGAAAAGGUUGGCGUUUACGAUCUGGCGGUUUCGCCAAUCUCUGCGAUAACUGCGGAACUGCGUUUGAGCAAUCAACAUUUUGUGAUCUUUUCCACGCAAAGGAGUCCGGCUGGAGGGAGUGUACUUCUUGCGGGAAGCGUCUGCAUUGUGGAUGCAUUGCUUCCAUGUUUCUGCUUGAGCUACUUGAUGGUGGCGGUGUGAACUGUGUAAACUGUACAAUGAGUUCGGGGCAUAAUUCUGUGAUAGGAGAUGAUAAAACUAAUGGAUGCGGCACGUCGAGAGUUUCAAAUGUUAACGAACUACAGUAUUGUGAUAACCAACCGGGUUGUGAAAGGAAGCUUCUUCAGUUAAGCAAUGUAACUGAGGGUGUUGCCACCAGACAUUUACUCCAAUUACAUAAUGAAGAGACUAGUGUUUCUUAUAGGCAAAUGAAACAAGAGGAUAAUUUACUUCCUGUAGGAGAAAUUGGAAGCUCAAGUUUCUCAAUCUUUAACCAGGCAUCAAAUGGACUAUCUCUAAGUGUCAAACCAGAGAUUCUUAAACCAAACAUCGCAGCAAAAGACUUGUAUGAAUCACUAGCACAAACAAACUUGAGUAUUGCCCUGGGUUCCACUUUUGGGAACACAAAUCCCUUUCCUGGAAAUGUUGUUGAUGAAAGGACUAAAAGUAAGGCAUCAUCUCCACUCCAGCAGGGGCCAAGGUCCCGCCAUCUGCUACCCAAGCCCCCAAAGUCAGCCCUGGCUGCAGGUCUGGAGGCAAAUGAUAGCAUGGUUUCACAGAUACGUGUUGCUAGACCGCCUGCUGAAGGACGGGGACGGAAUCAGUUGCUUCCGCGUUAUUGGCCUAGGAUAACAGACCAAGAGUUGCAGCAAAUAUCUGCAGAUUCGAAUUCCACUAUUGUGCCACUGUUUGAAAAGGUUCUUAGUGCAAGUGAUGCUGGUCGAAUUGGUAGAUUGGUUCUCCCUAAAGCAUGUGCAGAAGCAUAUUUUCCUCCUAUCUCUCAACCGGAGGGUCUUCCUCUUAGGAUUCAAGAUGUCAAGGGGAAAGAAUGGGUGUUUCAGUUUCGAUUUUGGCCUAAUAAUAACAGCAGAAUGUACGUUUUGGAGGGCGUAACCCCUUGCAUACAGUCCAUGCAGUUGCAAGCUGGAGAUACCGUAACAUUUAGCCGUAUGGACCCAGAAGGAAAACUUGUUAUGGGAUUCAGGAAAGCAGCCAACUCUAUGGCAAUUCAGGACAUCCAACCAUCUGUCGCUCCUAAUGGUGCUCAUUCAAGUGAAAAUUUCUUUUCGGGUGUUUUUGAGAAUCUACCUAUAAUAAGCGGUUACUCUGGCCUUCUUCAGUCACUGAAGGGAUGUAGUGAUACACAUUUAAGUGCACUAUCCAAACAUUUGCAUUCAUCUAAUGGAGAUAUUAGCUGGCAUAAACCUGAGAAACAUGAAGAAAGGUCGAGGGAGAAUUUGCUAAUACCGUCAUUAAUGGUUCCAGAAAGAAAGAGAAUGCGGAAUAUUGGGUCUAAAAAUAAGAGGCUCUUAAUUGAUAGUCUAGAUGCUUUGGAGCUUACACUGACAUGGGAAGAGGCGCAGGACUUGCUCCGCCCACCACCAACUGCAAAGCCUCGGAUUAUCAGUAUCGAGGAUCAUGAUUUUGAAGAAUAUGAGGAACCUCCAGUUUUUGGGAAGAGAAGUAUCUUCAUAGUUCGCACAGCUGGCUUUAUCAUCAGGGGACAAGAGCAAUGGGCUCCAUGUGAUAGCUGCUCUAAAUGGCGAAGGUUGCCAGUUGAUGUUCUCCUUCCACCUAAGUGGACAUGUGCUGAUAAUAUUUGGGAUCAAUGCAGGUGUUCAUGUUCUGCCCCAGAUGAAUUGACUCCAAGGGAUUUAGAGAAUCUCCUCAGACUAAAUAAGGAUUUCAAGAAACAAAAGAUAACGAGUACGCAUAGGUCAGCGCAGGAGCUAGAAUCUUGCGGAUUGGAUGCUUUGGCUAAUGCUGCAAUCCUCGGAGACGAGGGUGAUCCAGGCACCACAGUAGUAGCCACCACAACCAGACACCCGAGGCAUCGGCCGGGUUGCUCCUGUAUCGUGUGCAUCCAGCCUCCAAGCGGUAAAGGGAAGCACAAGCCAACAUGUACAUGCAACGUCUGCAUGACAGUUAAGCGUCGUUUUAAGACUAUGAUGAUGCGGAAAAAGAAGCGUCAAUCAGACCGGGAAGCAGAGAUUGCUCAGAGAAGUCAACAAUUUCCAGGUCCGAAAGAUGAAGUCGAAGUAGACAGCAGCUCUAAGCAUGUUUCCCCAUGCCAGGAUCCUUCCGAGAAUGAAGCUAAGUCAACAAAUGAGUUAGAAUCUAAAAGUCAGAGCCACAAUCUUUCGAACAAAAUGGUCGACAGUGGGAAGGGGCACAUAGACUUAAAUUGUCAGCCAGACCGCGAAGAAGACCCACAAGCACGGUUAACUCGUAUGAGUAUGAUGGGUCUUCUUCAAGUAGCAAGCCUUCCAUUGGAGACAUAUUUGAAGCAGAAUGGUCUUACAAGCUUGGUAUCUGAGCAACAAGAAAGUUCACCUCCCCAAGCUGGAGAGAGCGAAGGACGAGUUCCGGAAGAUUCUCAAAUUGUUUCAGCUGUUCAAGAACUGGAGAGUGGAGAUGAAGACAACAAUGAAGUUGGACCAGAGCAAAGCCAAAAUGAUCCUGUGUGAGAUUUCCUAUUUCUUAUUUCUACUUUUGCUUAAUUAUUUUUGUUUGUUGCAUAAUUACAAGUUUCAGGUAACAUUUUUGGUUUGAGGGUGUGCUUUUAUUCAUAACAUGUAUAAUGUGUACAAAUACAAACAUCAUUUUUUUUGUUUCCAGUAAGUGAGAGGCUAAUCAUGUGAAUAGAAAAGUUGUUUUUUCCUCCAAA